GUUCUGAUGGAUCCGGUCUCUACCAGCUGUGGACACUGGUUCUGCAGACGGUGCAUCAGGUCCUACUGGGACCAGUCUGCUCCAUCUGGACCCUCCUCCUGUCCCCAGUGUGGGAAACGACCCAGAACAGGAGCUGGACUGCUGACAGCCAAUCAGAGCAGCUGUGCUCCAGCAGAUGUUGUUCUGCAGGAGGUUCUAGAGGAACAUAAGAUCAGUCUAAGGAGGAGAUGUGAAUGUGUGACUGAAGGAAGUGAUGAAACAGGAAGUAGAACCCUCCUCAACAGGAUCUACACUGAUCUCUAUAUCACAGAGGGAUGGAGUGAAGAGGUUAAUACCCAACAUGAGGUGAAGCAGCUGGAGAGAGCUUCCCAGAUCCAGAACCUCCAUGACUCUCCAAUCAGGUGCCAGGACAUCUUUAAAUCCUUCCCUGACCAACAAGAAGCCAUCAGAGUGGUUCUGACCAACGGCGUCGCUGGUGUUGGAAAAACCUUCUCAGUGCAGAAGUUCACUCUGGACUGGGCAGAGGGCUUGGAGAACCAAGAUGUCAGUGUGGUGGUUCUGCUUUCGUUCAGGGAGCUGAACCUGAUCAGAGAUGAGCACCACAGUCUUCUCUCGCUUCUCCAUGUUUUCCACCCAACACUCCAGAAGCUCCCAGCAGAGCAGCUGGCUAAAUGCAAACUUCUCUUCAUCUUUGAUGGCCUGGAUGAAAACAGACUUUCUCUGGACUUCAACAGCAGUCAGCUGGUUUCUGACUUCACACAGAAAUCAUCAGUCAACGUUCUGCUGAUAAACCUCAUCAAGGGGAAGCUGCUUCCCUCGGCUCUUAUCUGGAUAACUACCAGACCUGCAGCGGCCAAUCAGAUCCCUCCUUCAUGUGUUACCAGGGUAACAGAAGUACGAGGCUUCACCGAUGCCCAGAAGGAGGAGUACUUCAGGAGGAGGUUCAGUGAUGAAGAGCUGUCCAGCAGAAUCAUCUCCCACAUCAAGAAAUCAAAAACUCUCCACAUCAUGUGUGGAAUCCCAGUCUUCUGCUGGAUCACUGCUACGGUUCUGGAGAACAUGUUGACCUCAGAGCAGAGAGGAGAGCUGCCCAAGACCAUGACUGACAUGUACUCACACUUCCUGCUGGUCCAGACAAAGAGGAAGAAGAACAAGUACCAUGGAGGACAUGAGACAAGUUCACAGGAGCUGAUGGAGGCAGACAGGGAAGUUCUUCUGAAGCUGGGGAAACUGGCGUUUGAACAUCUGGAGAAAGGAAACAUCAUGUUCUACCAAGAAGACCUGGAGCAGUGUGGUCUGGAUGUCACAGAGGCCUCAGUGUACUCAGGAGUUUGUACAGAGAUCUUCAAAAGAGAGAAUCUGAUCUUCCAGACACCAGUCUACUGCUUUGUUCAUCUGACCAUCCAGGAGUUUCUGGCUGCAGUCUACAUGCUCCACUGUUUCACCACCAGGAACUCAGAGGUGAUGAAGAAGUUCAUGGGAAAAACAUACAAUCAAACAUCUCUAUAUGGGUUGAUGAAGAAAGUCAUGGAGAAAUCCCUCAGCAGUAAAAAUUGCCACCUGGACCUGUUUGUCCGCUUCCUUCAUGGCCUCAUUCUGGAGUCCAACCAGAGACUGCUAGGAGGCCUGCUGGGUCAGACAGAGAUCAAUCCAAAAACCUUCCAGAGAAUCAUAGAUAAUCUGAAGAAAGAAAGAAACCUUUCAUCCCCUGAUAAACACAUAAACAUUUUCCACUGUCUGGUGGAGAUGAAUGAUCUCUCAGCUUUUCAGGGGAUCCAACAGUUCCUGAAAUCAGAGAACAGAUCAGAGAAACUCACUGAGAUCCAUUGUUCAGCGCUGGCCUUCAUGCUGCAGAUGUCAGAGGAAGUUCUGGAUGAGUUGGACCUGGAAAAGUACAAUACAUCAGAGAAUGGACGACUGAGACUGAUUCCAGCUGUGAGGAACUGCAGAAAGGCUCGACUUGGUGGCUGUAAUCUCUCAGAGGCUGAAUGUGAAGUUGUGGCUUCAGCUCUGAAGUCCAAUCCUCAUCUGACUGAACUGGAAAUAAGUGAGAUAAACAUAAAUAAAGGGACAGGUGGAACCUCUGGAGUCUCUGUACGGAAGAACAUUUGUGAGAUUCUGGAGAAUCCAGUCUGCAAAGUGAAGAGUUUGAGACUUGGUGGCGGUAAACUCUCAGAGGGUGAAUGUGAAAUUGUGGCUUCAGCUCUGAAGUCCAACACUCAUCUGAUUGGACCAGAAAUAAGUGAGAUAGACAUAAAUAAUAGCAGAACCCUUGGAGUCUCUGGACUGAAGAACAUUUGUGAGAUUCUGGAGAAUCCAGUCUGCAAAGUGAACAGUUUGAGACUUGGUGGCUGUAAACUCUCAGAGGCUGGAUGUGAAGUUGUGGCUUCAGCUCUGAAGUCCAACCCUCAUCUGACUGAACUGGAAAUAAGUGAGAUAAACAUAAAUAAAUGUGGAACCCUUGGAGACUCUGGACUGAAGAACAUCUGUGAGAUUCUGGAGAAUCCAGUCUGCAAAGUGAAGAGUUUGAGGUUGGGGAACUGCAGGUUGUCAGAGAUCAGCUGUUCUUCUCUGGCCUCAGCUCUGACCUUUAACCCCUCACAUCUGACUGAACUGGACCUGAGCAACAACAGCCUGAAAGAUUCUGGAGUGAAGGAUCUCUGUGGUUUCCUCCAGAAUCCAGAAUGUAAACUACAUGUAUUACGGUUGGGGUGGUGCAGUUUGUCAGAGAUCAGCUGUUCUUCUCUGGCCUCAGCUCUGAACCUUAACCCCUCACAUCUGACUGAACUGGAUCUGAGCUUGAACGAUGACCUGAAAGAUUCUGAUGUUCAGCAGCUGAAGCGUUUGGUAAAGAAUGUAAAGUCAUGAUCUCUGUAAAGUGAAGAAUCGUUUCUGUUUCCUGCUGAUCCUCAGAAGCU